AUGCACCAUCUGGACCCAGCCGCUGUCACAGUGAUCGGGCUUCUGGAUGUCUUCACUCCAGCCACGACCCUCGACGACUUCCAGGACUUCUACUUGGUGAUGCCGUACAUGUUCACAGACCUGUCCAAAGUCCGAGGCCAUCUUUCAGAAGAUAAGGUCCAGUUUCUGGUCUACCAGAUGCUCUGCGGGCUCAGGUACAUUCACAAGGCCGGGAUCAUCCACAGAGAUCUGAAGCCUGGUAACCUGGCUGUUAAUCAAGACUGUGAACUCAAGAUCCUGGACUUUGGGCUGGCCCGCAGUGCUGAUGCUGAGAUGACUGGAUAUGUGGUGACCCGGUGGUACCGAGCGCCUGAGGUCAUUCUGAACUGGAUGCACUACACGCAGACUGUGGACAUCUGGUCAGUGGGCUGCAUCAUGGCUGAGAUGAUCAACGGGAAAACACUAUUUAAAGGAAAAGAUUACAUGGAUCAGCUGACACAAAUCAUGAAAGUGACUGGAGUCCCAGGACCAGAGUUUAUACAGAAACUGGACACUCCCGAGGCCAGGAGUUAUAUGAAGAACCUUCCAUCUUACCCUCGAAAAGACUUCUCCGUUCUGUUCCCCAGAGUCAGUGAUAAGUGCGUCGACCUCCUGGAGAAGAUGCUGGUCCUUGAUGGAGAUGAGCGUCCCACUGCAGAGAUGGCUUUGGAGCACCCGUACUUCGACAGCCUCCGGGACCCGGACGACCUGCCGGAGCCCAGACCUUAUGACGACACACACGACAACGCUACGAUGUCCCUGGAGGAGUGGAAGAGAUUAUGUUUUAAAGAAGUGAAAAGCUUUGUACCUUUCCCGCGGAGAGACUCCAAAAGGAAAAACACUCUCACUAUACUGCUUUCUUUUCUGCUGACAAGUCUGCAACAGUCUCUACAGAGAGACAUUUGCGAUUGGGGGCUUAUGAGGAAGCCACGUCGAAAAGCCCAAGGGGCCCACGGGGGAGGCUGCCCUGAUGGCAAAAUGUCCAGUAGGGGGGCCCGUCAGCGCUCCCCAUCUCCUUACAGCCUCAAAGCCUCCCCCAGCAGAGAGACCCUCACCUACGCACAAGCACAGAAAGUGGUGGAGGUGGAACUGGAGGGCAGACUUCACCGCAUCUCCAUUUUGGAACCCUUAGAGGUCAUCACAGAGGAUGAGAUGAUGGCUCAGGACAUAAGUGAGUGCAACAGCAACAAGGAGAACAACGAACAGCCAUUAAUACCAGCAAGUACUGUUCAAAAUGUCCGCAAAUCUUUAGCGAGAAAGAGAAAAGACUCUAAAAGUUCCCCGGUUAAAUCUCAGCCUCCAAAAAACCACUGUCCGCAUACACCGGAAAAGCCUCACCAUCAUCACAUGGCCCUCCCUGAGCCUAGAUUUCGGGUUCGACACACUUUCACUCCAGCAGCAGCGCCUUCUCUUCCCUCUGGGUACUACCGUUAUAUAGAGCGCUCGGCUGAGGAGCGGGAAACUGAAGCCGAGUAUGACAUGGAUGAGGAAGACUCAGCCUGGCUAGAAAUGGUGAACACUGAUCGGACUUCGGAAGGUUUCUCGUCUGUAUCUGCGGAUUCAUUUGAGCUGCUGAUUGAUAGACUGGAGGAGGAGGCGUACAGGGAGGCCCGCAUCAGAGCGCCCUCCCAGAGUUCAAUAGACGACGAUGCCUUCUGCUGCGUGUGCCUGGAUGACGAAUGUCUAAACAGUAAUGUCAUCCUCUUCUGUGAUUCUUGUAACUUAGCUGUGCACCAAGAAUGCUAUGGAGUGCCCUACAUCCCUGAGGUGGAAGGAGUCGCCAACAUUCCCCCGGCGCGAUGGAAACUCACCUGCUGCCUGUGCAAACAGAAGGGCAGAGGGGCAUCUAUUCAAUGCAAUAAAGCAAACUGCUACACAGCGUUUCAUGUCACCUGUGCACAGAGGGCCGGACUCUUCAUGAAGAUCGACCCUGUGAGCGUGACCAACGUGAACGGGACGACGUACUCUGUGAAAAAGACGGCCUUCUGUGAAGUGCACUCUCCUCAGGGUGAUGUGACCUCUGAUGAUGAGACUGAAGGGAGAGUGGUGGGUAGCAGAGGCAGGGCCAGCAGGGGGCGCAGUGCAUACAAAGAAGGGCCAAUAACGCCAAAGAAAGGGCGCAAGUCAGAGGUCACUGAUAAGAGCGAUAAAAAGAAGGGAAAGAAGAGCAUCGAUUCAAAGGCACAACAGCCAUCAUCACCACAAGUGACUGUUCCAAACAUCCCCACGCAGAGGCUAAACGGUCUCUGUAAAGGAGUGAUCUCUCAGAGGAAAAACCAGUUCAUGCAGAGGCUCCACAGUUACUGGUUAUUGAAGCGACAGUCGAGGAACGGCGUGCCGCUGGUCCGGCGCAUGCACUCGAGCCUGCUGACCCAGAAAAACACAGAACAGCCUGAGGUGGAUGAGAAGGUGUCUGCCGCCAGAGAAGCACUGAGAUACUGGCAAAAGCUGCGACACGACCUGGAGAAGGCUCGUCUGCUGGUGGAGCUCAUCCGCAAGAGAGAGAAGCUAAAGCGAGAGCAGGUUAAAGUUCACCAGGCAACUCUGGAAAUGCAGUUGACGCCGAUGCUGAUGCUGCUUCGUUCCACAAUGGAGCAACUUCAGGAGAAGGACACUGCACAGAUCUUUGCACAGCCUGUCGACAUCAAAGAGGUCCCUGAUUAUCUGGAGUUCAUCAGUCAGCCCAUGGACUUCACCACCAUGCACUCAAAGUUAAAUAACCACUUGUAUCGCUCUGUGUCGGACCUGGAGGCAGACUUUAACCUGAUGGUGUCCAACUGCCUCCUGUACAACUCCAAGGACACAGUGUUCCACCGGGCUGCACUGCGCCUCAGGGAUCUGGGGGGAGCUAUUCUUCGACAUGCCCAGAGACAGUCGACCAGCACGGGUCUGGACCUGGACACGGGAAUGCACCUCCCCGAGUCUCCACAGAAACGAGACUUCUACAACUGCACAUGGGAUGAUGUUGAUAGUCUCUUGGACCCAGAGAACAGGCUUCACAUGAGCGUGGAGGAGCAGCUGAAGGAGCUGCUGGACAAGCUAGACUUUGUCUCUUCCAUGCGCGGCAGCGGUGCACGGACCCGUCGUGUCCGUCUACUGCGAAGAGAGAUCAACAUCAUCCGCCACCGUCAGGGACAACACCGCAACAGCCUCCACAACGGACACCUCAAAGAGUCUGACGACGAGGACGAGGACACGGAAUCUCAGGGCGAGAACGGCCUCUCCUCAGACAAAGACGACCUUAAAUUUACAUCCCCUCCGACACUUGAACCUACAGGACCGGCCCCUCCUCCGCGACUGGGAGAUGACGCUCUGGAGCCCCCCACCCUGAAGCCCAUCACGCAGCCCCUCGCGUCCCCCAACUGGGCCUGCAAGCGCCUCAAGAUGGACCCAGACCUCCCCGACCUCUCCAAGACCCCCGCGGACUCCUCACAGGACAAUGUUUGCACUAAAGUUGAAGAGCGGCCCCCCACGCUCCCCCCGACGCUACACAAUGAGACGGUGACCAACGGUUUGCCUCCCGUCGUCACGUGUCCGCCACGGCCCGCCACCGGGGGAGUGGGCCGCCGCACCUCUGUUCUGUUCAAAAAGGCCAAGAACGGAACCAAGCUGUUCAGAGAGAGAGACAAUCCUUUGCUGAACGGUAAAGGGCCUCAGGAAGAAGCCUCCACCCCCACCUCAGCUGCCAGCACGCCGUCAGCCACGCCCCUGUCCACGCCGCUGUCCACGCCGCAGAAGAGCCCCGGACCCCCCAGCCUCAGCACCCCGGACCUGAAGAGCCUCAAAGACCAGAGCACUGAGCAGGGGAAGACCCUCAACCACACAAAAGAUACUGAACUGACCAACGGCUUCAGUAAAGUGAAAGACGCCAAAUCGGACUCUGAGGACUGCCCUUGUCCUGUCCUUCAAAAAGAAAUUGCGUCUCCACCAAAGCGAAGUCUGGGAAAACCCGCUCUCUCCAAAGUCCCUUUACUUGAGAUGGUCAACGGCGACUCGGACUACACUGGUUAUGGCAGUCAGACAUCGGACGACGAGACGGAGCUAGAGCCUUUAGACCUGGUGUGGGCCAAGUCUCGAGGAUACCCCUCUUACCCUGCUCUGAUCAUCGACCCUGAGACGCCUGAAGACGGCAUGCUGCACAACGGGGUCCCCAUCCCCGUCCCGCCAAAAGAGGUGCUGAAGCUGGGCGAGAACAAGCAGGAGGAGGCGGACCAGCGGCUCUACCUCGUGCUCUUCUUUGACAACAAGAGGACAUGGCAGUGGCUCCCUCGCGACAAAGUGACCCCUCUGGGAGUGGACGACACGGCGGACAAACUGCGCAUGAUGGAGGCGCGCAAAUCCAGCAUCCGCAAGUCCGUCCAGGUGGCCUACGACCGCGCCAUGGUCCACCAGAGCAGAGUCACCCACAGCCAGGGCUUCGUGGCCCCCAGCUACCUCUAG